UGUUGAUGUGGACAUCAAUAUCUUCUGCUAAAAAAACGUACACGGAUACAAUAUCAGUUAUCUUAAUGUAUGUGAAUUGACAUUUGCACUGUAUAUCAGUCUUGACACCGCAAGCAUAGACAUGAUACGAGAUGUAGUUUGCAUUGUCAUAAAUGUUAGACUUGAUUUAGCAUUACUGAAAGUAAUCUCUCACGACUAGUAUAAAGUGACAUGUGAUGUAGACAAGAUCUGAGUAAAUUCUACAGACAUUCAUCGGCUCGAUAGGAGAAGUUUUUUUUAUUGAAACAUUUGUAUUACUCUCGCUAUUAUCGAAAAUGAAACUAAAAUUCAGGAUUGCGGUACUUUUACUUUGCUUUAUCUCAAAAUCAACAUUCGGCGAUACAAUUGAUAACGAAGUAGACCAGUGCUCAUUACCGGAAAAUUUGGUGAAAGAAAUUGAAAGCUAUGCCCCGACUGUUAACAAAAUAAUAAACGAAACUGUUAAUGGAUUGUAUAAGGGUACAACAUGGCAAGAGUUGGCCACAUUUGUCGAUAAGUUUGGUCCACGUUUAUCUGGUAGUCAGGUUCUUGAAAAUGCUAUUGACUACAUGCUCGAUAAGUUGGUCAAACAUGGAUUGGAAAAUGUGCACGGCGAAGAAGCAGUUUUACCUCAUUGGGUCAGAGGUAAGGAAUCCGCUACCUUGCUUCAACCAAGAGUGAAAGAUAUUGCGAUGCUUGGAUUGGGGUACAGUGUCGGAACGCCCACAGGAGGCAUUACUGCGUUAGCCAUCGUACUAAAGAGUUUCGAUGAACUUCGUCAACGACGCACUGAGGUGCCUGGAAAGAUAGUUGUUUAUAAUCAAGAUUUUGUGAGUUAUGAAGAAACUGUUAUAUACAGAAGCAGGGGAGCGUCAGAAGCUGCAAAAUUUGGCGCAGUUGCAGUCUUGAUCAGAUCUAUCACACCAGUUUCUAUCUACUCACCACAUACUGGCAUGAUGACUUAUCAAACAAAUAUUACUAAAAUUCCAGCUGCGUGUAUCACAAUUGAAGAUGCGGCCAUGUUAAACAGAAUGGCUGACAGAGGCGAAACGAUGAUGAUCAAUAUUAGAAUGGAAGCCCAGUCUCUACCAGCAGUCAAGUCUCGGAACACAAUUGCAGAAAUCAUUGGAGCUGAGAACCCUGAGAAAGUAGUAGUUGUAUCCGGACAUUUAGAUAGCUGGGAUGUAGGCCAGGGUGCUAUGGAUGAUGGAGGUGGUGCAUUCAUAUCAUGGAACUCUUUGAGAAUCUUGAAAGCUCUAAAUCUACGACCACGAAGAACGAUAAGGGCUAUUCUUUGGACUGGUGAAGAGAUUGGGAUCGUGGGAGCUCAUCAAUAUAUUCAGUCACAUAAAGCUGACAGGCAAAAUCUUCAAUUUGUGAUGGAGUCUGACAUAGGUACAUUCACUCCGAUAGGACUUGCCUUUACGGGUUCGAAGGAAGCCCAAUGCAUUCUGAAAAAGAUAAUGAACUUAUUGGAACCAAUAAAUGCUACAAUGGUUCGAAACCCAAACGAAGGCCCUGAUAUAACGGAAUGGGUAGAUUUAGGGGUACCAGGAGCUUCGCUGUGGAAUGAUAACGGCAAAUACUUUUGGUACCAUCAUUCAAAUGGUGACACCAUGUCCGUUGAAGAUCCGCAUGCACUCGACCUAUGUGCUGCAUUGUUCGCUGCAGUUUCAUACGUUAUGGCUCAGCUGAGUGUUGAUCUACCACAUAAUAACUAGUAUUGCUCAUUUACAUCACCGUGAAAUUACGUCAAGUUUAUAGUAAUAUUUCCAACUUUUAUAAUAAAAUACAAAAUAUAUCAGAA